AUGAAGAAUCUCCUCGUGUUUGCCGUGCUCUUGGUGUGCGGGCGGCCGGCCCGCGGGAGCGUCCUGGAGCUGAAGCGCAUGGUGAAGGCCACGACGGGGAGAAGCGCCCUGCUCUCCUACAGCUGGUACGGCUGCUUCUGCGGCAUCGGCGGCAGCGGCACCCCCGUGGACGCCACCGACCGGUGCUGCCAUGCCCACGACUGCUGCUACCGGCAGCUGAGGGAGCGCCAGUGCAGGCCCCUGCUCACGCCCUACGAAUUCGACGUUGCUGACGGAGACGUCGUCUGCGGUGACGGGCAGAGCUGGUGCAGGAGCGAGAGCUGCCGCUGUGACAAGCAGGUGGCUCUGUGCCUGGCGAGCGCCCUCCCGUCCUACAACACGUCCUACCGCUUCUACUUCAAACUCCAGUGCCGAGGGAACAAGCUGCAGUGCUGA